CUCUUCCGGCCGGCAGCAGCGCCCUCUGUCGGCUGGGUGUGAGCAGUGCAGUGGACAGAAUCAAUGGAAGAAGUGACAAACCGAACAUAAAUCGUCAUCGCCGAGCCGCUAAACGGACGCAAGUGGAGGAGGACGGAGCUUCCCAGCGGCCCACAUGGAGGAGGCGGAGCUUUCCCCGUGCCCCUCCGAUGAAAACAGCCCCUCCCUGUCCGUGUCCUCCUCCCCCUCUCUGUCCCUCCCCUCCACCCCGUCCUCCUCCUCCUGCGGCCCCGCCCCCCCGGCCACGCCCCCACUGUGCGUCAUCAGCGAGGGCGUGUCCGAGCUCAGCCUGGUGAUCGACGCUGAGGUGGCCCAGCGGGCGUGUCGGGAGGUGCUGCAGAAGGUGAAGCUGCGGCAGGAUGAGGGAGACUCCACCCAAUCUGACAAUGGGGCGGAGCCACCGCAGAACUGUGGCCCCGCCUCCUCCACACCCAAACCCCCCAGGAUCCACGAGGAGGAGUACGACCCGGACGGCGCCGCGCCCGGCUCGGUGAAGAGCGCGCGGCGGCGGCAACGCCACAACCCGUCCAAGCAGUCGUGGCUGCUGCGCCUGUUCGAGUCCAAGCUGUUCGACGUCUCCAUGGCGAUCUCCUACCUGCACAAGUCCAAGGAGCCCGGCGUGCAGGCCUACAUCGGGAACCGGCUGUUCAGCUUCGCCCACGACGACGUGGACUUCUUCCUGCCCCAGCUCCUCAACAUGUACAUCCACAUGGACGAGGACGUGGGCGACGCCAUCAAGCCCUACGUGGUGCACCGCUGCAGACAGAGCAUCUCCUUCAGCCUGCAGUGUGCCUGGCUGUUGGGGGCGUACUCGUCAGACAUGCACAUUUCCACUCAGCGACACUCCAGAGGGACCAAACUCAGGAAGCUCAUCCUGUCGGACGAGCUGAAGCCCGCGGGGCCCCGGGUACGCAGGGACCCCCUCGCCCUCACGCCCUUCUGCCCCCUCACCCCCUCCUCCGCCGGCCCCGGGCCGUUGGGGGGCGAGCACAGCCUGUCACCCUCCAAACGGACGCACCAGCGCUCCAAGUCGGACGCCACCGUCAGCAUCAGCCUGAGCAGCAACCUGAAGAGGACGGCCAGCAACCCCAAGGUGGAGAGCUCCCAGGACGAGGACUCGGACAGCUCCAACAGCCUGCAGUUUGACUCCCAUCCUGACUCGGACAGCUCCAACAGUCUGCAGUUCGAUUCCCGUCCUCCCGUGCGCCUGGCGCCUCAGAGGGAGUUCAUCAAGUCCCUGAUGGGGAUCGGGAAGCGUCUGGCCACGCUGCCCACCAAGGAGCAGAAGACCCAGCGGCUCAUCUCCGAGCUGUCCCUGCUCAACCACAAGCUGCCGGCACGAGUCUGGCUGCCCACCGCCGCCUUUGACCACCAUGUGGUCCGAGUCCCACACACCCAGGCCGUGGUGCUCAACUCCAAAGACAAGGCCCCCUACCUCAUCUACGUUGAGGUUCUGGAGUGCGAGAACUUCGAGACGUCCAGCGUUCCCAUCCGGAUCCCGGAGAACCGAAUCAGAAGCACGCGCUCGGUGGAGAACCUGCCGGACUGCGGCAUGACGGUGGACCAGCGAGCCGGAAGCUUCUCCGUCGUCCCGAACUACGACAACGACGACGAGGCGUGGUCCGUGGACGACAUCGGAGAGCUGCAGGUGGAGCUCCCAGAGGGCAACACUAACAGCUGUGAUAACAUCAGCCAGUUCUCCGUGGACAGCAUCACCAGUCUGGAGAGUAAAGAACCCGUUUUCAUCGCUGCUGGAGACAUCAGGCGACGGCUGUCAGAGCAGCUGGCUCAGGCCCCCACCACCUUCAAGCGGGACCCUGAGGACCCGUCGGCUGUGGCCCUGAAGGAACCGUGGGAGGAGAAAGUCAGGAGAAUCAGGGAGGGCUCUCCGUACGGCCACCUUCCCAACUGGCGGCUUCUGUCGGUCAUCGUGAAAUGUGGCGACGACUUGAGGCAGGAGCUCCUCGCCUUCCAGGUGCUGCAGCAGCUCAAGUCCAUCUGGGAGCAGGAGCGCGUCCCUCUCUGGAUCAAGCCCUACAAGAUCCUGGUGCUGUCGGCGGACAGCGGCAUGAUCGAGCCGGUGGUGAACGCCGUGUCGCUGCACCAGGUGAAGAAGCAGAGUCAGCUCUUCCUGCUCGACUACUUCCUGCAGGAGCACGGCGCUCCCACCACCGAGGAGUUCCUCACGGCGCAGAGGAACUUCGUCCAGAGCUGCGCCGGGUACAGCCUCAUCUGCUACCUGCUGCAGGUCAAAGACAGGCACAACGGGAACAUCCUGCUGGACGCUGAGGGACACAUCAUCCACAUCGAUUUCGGCUUCAUCCUCUCCAGUUCUCCCAGGAACCUCGGCUUCGAGACGUCCGCCUUCAAACUCACCACAGAGUUCGUGGACGUGAUGGGCGGUCCGGACGGAGACAUGUUCAACUACUAUAAGAUGCUGAUGCUGCAGGGUCUGAUCGCAGCGAGGAAGCACAUGGACCGCGUUCUGCAGAUCGUGGAGAUCAUGCAGCAAGGUUCCCAGCUGCCCUGCUUUCACGGCUCCAGCACCAUGCGAGGGCUGAAGGAGCGGUUCCACAUGUCCCUGACGGAGGAGCAGCUGCAGCUGCUGGUGGAGCAGCUGGUGGACGGCUCCAUGAGGUCUCUGACCACCAAACUGUACGACGGGUUCCAGUACCUCACCAACGGCAUCAUGUGACCCUCCGACCUCUGUCCCACCUUCCUCAGCUUCCUGUGUCAUUUCUUUAGCAGCAGUCCCUGAUUGGCUGCUCGGCGGGACUCUUAGCCAAUCAGAGCGCAGCCCGGUUUUAAUGUGACCCGUCGUUGGACGGCUGGUGUGUAGAGGGUGUAGCUGCUGCAGUGCCUCUGAGCCGGGCACCGUGUUCGAACCCUGUGUUUGUUUCUGAACUCAUUAAAGCAGCCGAGGUUCUCUGCAGAACGUC